AUGUAUAGAUUUCUCACCCCCACGGAAAAUCGCAAACAAACCCACGUUCCUAUAUUCCCAGCCUUUUACUCGCCAACUUACCUAAUCCAAUACAUUCCUUUCUUUCCCCUCUACUUCCGCCUUUCGCCUUCCGCCUUGAACAUCCCGUACCCAUCUCUCCACCACCCGGCCACAUUUACACAUGCACGCACUUAUCCUCCCCACCCCCACAAACCCCGUAAAAAGCAAAUCAUACCUCCCCCCCCUUCCAAAACUUCCAUCCUAUAUGCCCACCUCGUUCCAACCCGUUCCCCCCUCUUUUUGCACCGAAAAGAGGAACAAGAAGAAGUCCCCCCCAAAAAAGCCAAAAACAAAAAGCACGCACAAAAAAAAGGUAAGAAGAAAAAAAAAAGAGUUCCCCCGACGGUACCACGGUUAGAAACGAAAGUAAUGGUCCCCCCCCCCUUCUCCCCACACGGCCCGGAAUCGGAACCCUGCAUCUUAUUCCUUUUUUUCUUUGCAACUUUUUUUGUUGGUUCAUUUUUCCGCUGCUGGCUCCGGUAUGUACACUUUAUGCGGGUACUGAAAAGCGAAAUGUACAUCAAAGUGCAAUGCAAAUCUUGGUAA